AUGUCAAAUGAAAUAAAAAUGAGUGAAGCCCCCAGAUUCUUUGUUGGACCUGAAGAUACAGAAAUAAAUGCUGGGAAUUAUCGACACUUCUUCCACCAUGCAGAUGAAGAUGAGGAGGAGGAAGAUGAGUCUCCUCCGGAAAGGCAGAUUGUGGUUGGAAUAUGUUCCAUGGCAAAAAAAUCCAAAUCCAAACCAAUGAAGGAAAUUCUUGAACGGAUCUCCUUAUUUAAAUAUAUCACAGUAGUAGUAUUUGAAGAGGAUGUUAUUUUGAAUGAACCAGUGGAAAACUGGCCUUUGUGUGAUUGUCUUAUUUCUUUUCAUUCUAAAGGAUUUCCACUGGACAAAGCAGUUGCCUAUGCCAAACUCAGGAAUCCAUUUGUAAUCAAUGACUUGAAUAUGCAGUAUCUCAUACAAGAUAGGAGAGAAGUAUAUAGUAUUCUUCAAGCUGAAGGUAUUUUGCUUCCUCGUUAUGCAAUUUUGAACCGUGACCCAAAUAAUCCCAAAGAAUGCAAUCUGAUUGAAGGGGAAGAUCAUGUAGAAGUAAACGGGGAAGUUUUCCAAAAGCCAUUUGUAGAAAAGCCAGUCAGUGCAGAAGAUCACAAUGUUUACAUUUAUUAUCCAACCUCUGCUGGCGGUGGAAGUCAAAGACUUUUUCGAAAGAUUGGCAGUAGAAGUAGUGUUUAUUCCCCAGAAAGCAAUGUACGAAAAACAGGCUCAUAUAUAUAUGAAGAGUUUAUGCCUACAGAUGGUACUGAUGUUAAGGUUUAUACAGUGGGUCCAGAUUAUGCCCAUGCUGAAGCUCGAAAAUCUCCUGCACUUGAUGGCAAGGUGGAACGAGAUAGUGAAGGAAAAGAAGUAAGAUACCCUGUUAUUCUCAAUGCACGAGAGAAAUUAAUUGCUUGGAAAGUCUGCCUUGCUUUUAAGCAAACAGUUUGUGGCUUUGAUUUGCUACGGGCCAAUGGACAGUCCUAUGUCUGUGAUGUCAAUGGCUUCAGUUUUGUGAAAAAUUCCAUGAAGUAUUAUGAUGAUUGUGCAAAAAUACUUGGGAACAUUGUAAUGCGAGAGCUUGCUCCACAAUUUCAUAUCCCCUGGUCAAUACCCUUAGAAGCUGAAGAUAUCCCAAUUGUACCAACUACAUCUGGAACUAUGAUGGAACUUAGAUGUGUCAUAGCCGUCAUUCGUCAUGGGGAUCGAACACCAAAGCAAAAAAUGAAAAUGGAAGUGAGGCAUCAAAAAUUCUUUGAUCUCUUUGAAAAGUGUGAUGGAUAUAAAUCUGGGAAAUUAAAACUCAAAAAACCGAAACAAUUACAGGAAGUGCUGGAUAUUGCACGACAACUUCUUAUGGAACUGGGACAAAAUAAUGAUUCUGAAAUUGAAGAAAACAAAUCAAAACUUGAGCAACUUAAGACUGUGUUAGAGAUGUAUGGCCAUUUUUCUGGAAUAAAUCGUAAGGUCCAGUUAACCUAUCUCCCUCAUGGUUGUCCUAAGACAUCUAGUGAAGAAGAGGACAGCCGACGAGAAGAGCCGUCCUUGCUUCUGGUUCUAAAGUGGGGAGGAGAACUAACCCCUGCAGGCAGGGUCCAAGCCGAAGAACUCGGAAGAGCUUUCAGGUGUAUGUAUCCUGGAGGUCAAGGAGAUUAUGCAGGAUUUCCUGGUUGUGGUUUACUUAGAUUACAUAGUACCUACCGACAUGACCUUAAAAUAUACGCCUCUGAUGAAGGACGAGUUCAGAUGACUGCAGCUGCUUUUGCAAAGGGUCUGUUAGCUCUAGAAGGAGAACUUACGCCCAUUCUUGUUCAGAUGGUGAAAAGUGCAAACAUGAAUGGCCUUUUGGAUAGUGAUAGUGAUUCUUUGAGCAGUUGUCAGCAACGUGUAAAGGCAAGACUUCAUGAAAUACUUCAAAGAGACAGAGAUUUUACUGCAGAAGAUUAUGAGAAGCUUACUCCAUCUGGAAGCAUUUCUCUUAUCAAAUCAAUGCAUUUAAUUAAAAAUCCUGUAAAGACCUGUGACACGGUAUAUUCCUUGAUACAAAGUUUGACUUCUCAAAUCAGACAUCGAAUGGAAGAUCCCAAAUCAUCAGAUAUUCAGCUUUAUCAUAGUGAGACCUUAGAGCUCAUGCUCCGUAGAUGGUCCAAGUUGGAGAAAGACUUUAAGACAAAAAAUGGAAGAUAUGAUAUUAGCAAGAUCCCUGACAUAUAUGACUGUAUAAAAUAUGAUGUCCAACAUAAUGGUUCCUUGAAAUUAGAAGACACAAUGGAAUUGUACAGGCUUUCAAAGGCAUUAGCAGAUAUAGUUAUCCCUCAGGAAUAUGGUAUAACUAAAGCUGAGAAACUAGAGAUCGCCAAAGGCUACUGUACUCCUCUAGUGAGAAAAAUCCGCUCAGAUCUUCAAAGGACACAAGAUGAUGACACUGUAAAUAAACUCCAUCCUGUGUAUUCCAGAGGUGUUCUGUCACCUGAACGUCAUGUCCGUACCAGAUUAUAUUUCACCAGUGAAAGUCACGUACAUUCUUUACUGUCUAUUCUUCGCUAUGGUGCCUUAUGUGAUGAAUCAAAGGAUGAGCAGUGGAAACGAGCUAUGGAUUAUUUAAAUGUUGUCAAUGAACUCAACUACAUGACUCAGAUUGUUAUCAUGCUGUAUGAGGAUCCUAACAAGGAUCUUUCCUCUGAGGAACGCUUUCAUGUUGAGUUACAUUUUAGUCCAGGAGCCAAAGGAUGUGAAGAAGACAAAAAUUUACCCUCUGGCUAUGGAUAUAGACCAGCUUCAAGGGAGAAUGAAGGCAGGAGAGCUUUUAAAAUUGAUAGUGAUGAUGAACCACAUACUUCUAAAAAAGAUGAGGUUGAUCGAGCUGUGAUAUUGUUUAAGCCUAUGGUAUCAGAGCCAAUUCAUAUACACAGGAAGUCUCCACUUCCAAGAUCUAGGAAGAUGGCUACAAAUGAAGAAGAGAGCCCCCUGAGUGUGUCUAGCCCAGAGGGUACUGGUACCUGGCUGCAUUACACCAGUGGUGUGGGCACUGGGCGUCGAAGACGCAGAUCAGGGGAACAAAUCACUUCUUCCCCUGUCUCCCCCAAAUCAUUGGCUUUCACAUCCAGUAUUUUUGGCUCAUGGCAACAGGUUGUAUCUGAAAAUGCUAAUUACUUGCGAACACCAAGAACUCUUGUAGAACAGAAGCAGAACCCUACUGUAGGGUCUCACUGUGCGGGCCUGUUUAGCACCUCAGUGCUCGGGGGUUCUUCAAGCGCACCUAACCUACAGGAUUAUGCUCGUACUCAUCGUAAAAAGCUGACCUCUUCUGGCUGCAUAGAUGACGCCACACGCGGUUCUGCUGUUAAAAGGUUUUCUAUCUCAUUUGCUCGACACCCAACCAAUGAACACCUACACCUCUAUAGGUGCUGGUCCGUUUCCUCUGUGGAGUUUCUAGGCUCCAGUGGUUUUGAAUUGUAUUCGAUGGUGCCAUCUAUUUGUCCUCUAGAAACUCUUCAUAAUGCCUUGUCCUUAAAGCAGGUGGAUGAAUUUCUUGCUUCCAUUGCUUCUCCGUCAAGUGAAGUUCCACGGAAGACCCCUGAAACUUCCUCUUUAACUUCACGUUCCAGUCCAAUAAUGAGAAGAAAAGUAUCUUUAAAUACAUAUACACCUGCAAAGAUCCUCCCAACGCCACCAGCUAGCAUCAAGAGUACCAAAGCAAGCAGCAAACCAGCUCCCAGCGGACCUUCUAAUACAGCUGUUCCUAAUACCUCAUCACGGAAAAAGGGUAUGACUAGCAAAACAGAAAUGCAUGAACACAAAAAAAAUACUUCGAAAAAAAAAUGA